CGUAUAUAUUCACCUUGCCUUCAACCAUUAGACUUAGUUUAUAUGGUCGAAGAUGAGUAUAGUUGGUAUUCCUUAUCUAUUAUUUUUUUGGCGGGAUUUAAUUUCACGUGUAUUCAUAUCAUACAUUGUAUAGAAUUAAAUAUGGAAAGAAUGGAAGUAGACAAUGUUGUUGAUCAAAAAUUUCCUUUUGAUCUUUGGAGGAAAUUCAAAAGCAUGUUUACAUUUAUUAUGGAUGAAGAAGCAGAUUCAUUAGAAGAGCAUGCUAAAAUUAUGCGUGAAGUUUUAAGUAAAAUGGGUGAACAAGAAGGAGUAUUUAGCCCAUUUAUAAACAUAAAAAACAAUGCUUAUAGUGUUGAUUAUUAUAAAGAAUUUACUAUUUGGAUAAUUGGUCAACUUGUUAAAAUUCUUGGUCAUAGUGGGUUUUCACCAUUACAUAGUAAUUCAAUUCAUAGUCAAACAUGUUUAUUUGAAGUACUUUCAUGUCAAAACACGUAUAUAUAUGAUUGUGCUAUUAAUGAUUAUUCUAAAUUUAUUACAAAAAUGGCAGAAAAUAUUGUCAAUGAUUCAUGGCCAAUUAUUGUUACAUGGUGUAAUCCUGAAAAGAGUUUUCGAACUCAGUUGUCUGGACUCGAUUUUACACCCAUCAACAUUUCUAUUUAUGAUUAUAACACUUAUGUUUAUUUGUUAUCUCAAAUGUUUCAAUUAUUUUCUAGCAAUAUAUUUACCUUAAAUCAGAUAAAGAAAAAUACUGCCAUAAAAUUCUGGCAAUCAAUUACAUUAGCUAUAGAUAAUUCACAUUCAAUAACAGUUACUCAAGCUGGACUCCGUUUAAUUUUGCAUUUAUUGGUGUCAACAUCACAUAGAUUAUAUUUUGAAAUACUGGAAAAUAUUUAUGUAAUUCUGUUUAAUACUAUUGAAAAUGUAUGUUUGAAUUCUAAAAUAGAACAAUCAAAUGAGAUACCAAUUAUUUUAAGUAACAUAUUUGAAACUAUGCGCAAAGCGGGAUCAAUUCAUAUUGCAGCUAUAAACAUGGCUUUAAUAGAUUUAAUUUCAAAAUUAAUACUUUCCAAUAAUAUUAAAGUGACAAAACAAUUUUCUGAAGCAAUGUGCAAUUUAAUUAUUACAUUACUAGAAGAUCAUAUUAUAAAGCCCAACAUAAUUUUAGAAAAGCUACCCAUAAAUCAAUUAAUGCAUUUAUCAACUCCAUCUGGAACAAAUGUGCUGUUUGAAUAUUUUAUUUCACAAGAAAUAAAAAAUUGUAAAAAAAUGGUAGAAGAAGAAAUAAUUAAUGAAAACUUAUUUUUUGAUGAAAAAAGCAACUCUAUUAAUAUGACAAUAAAUAGUUCAAUUUGGUUUCAAUUUUGGAAAAAUCUACAGCAAAUUAUUUUAUCUCCAACUGAAAAUCUUACUAUGGAAGAAUUUCAUACCAUCAAUACUACUACAUGUCUUGCCCAUAAAUUAGAAAUCACUUUUAUUGACAAAAAUUAUCAAUUUUUACCAAAACUAAAUAUUGAUAAAUUGUUAAAUAAACUGAUGAUUUAUCUAGUAAAUCAUAAUGAUCACUUUAAUGUUGAAAUAUUAAUUUCAACAUGUGGUAGUCUAGUUUGCUUAAAAGAAUUUUUAUUAUUUCCGAUCAAUGAUGUUCAAACAUUAAUUGCCAUACUUUCACUUCCCUGGAUGGAUAUUUCUAAUAAUAUGUUUAACAAUUUGCCACUAUACAAAUAUUUAAAUAUUAUUUUGAAAAAUAAUUCUACUGUAUUUAAUGACAUAAAUAUAGUUAAAAUGUGUCUUGCUUAUAUAAGUCAAAUAAAAAGUGAUAUUUGUUAUAAUUUCUUAGAAAAAAUUAUUAUUACAUCACUUAAUAAUUCAGAUUUAUGUGAAACAGCAAUCCGAAAUCUUCCAUUUUUAUUUUAUAAAAAACCAAAUAAAAAUAUUUCUAUUGUAUUUGAAACAAUUAAACAUUUUGAUGAGAUAAAAAAUAUUUUAUUUGUUAAAUAUUUUCGAAUACUCAUGUGUACUAUGUAUGGUAAAACUAUUUAUCAAAAUAAUAAAAUUAUUGGCCAAGAAGAAUUAUUUUGUAUUGAAUGUGAACAAAAUAUGAUAAAGACAGAUUUACAACAAUCAUAUGUAAUAGAUGAUACAUACAAAAGAAAUUUAAAUGAAUUUUGGAAAAUAUUACUUUUAUCGUUGGUGAAUAAUCCCAAUACAGUUAUAAGAUGUGAAGUGAUUAAAAAUAUACCAAUGAUAACAAAUCAUUUUUACCCAGACAGUUAUUUUAAAAACCAAAUGUUGAUGUUAAUUAAUGACAAAGAUGAAGAAGUGCGCAUCCAGUGUUCAAAAAUUUUAAAUUCUAUAAUUUUUGAAAAAAAUUUAACAGGAAAUAUUCAAAUGGUUGAAUCCGCAUAUUUCACUAAAAUAUUAAACACUCUUUGUUCAGCUGUAAAUAACAGUCUUAAAUCUGGAAAUAAAGAGCUUCAAUACACAUCCUUAGAAACUAUUUUCAAUAUUGGUUGUGUUCCAAUAGAUUUGACUAUACUUCCAUCAAUGGAAUUCAUGUUUCUAUUUUUAAUACAUCCAAAUUCGUCAUAUAGUACUGUUGCAAAAUUUUAUAUGACUGAAAUAGCUGCAGCACAUAAAACAAAAUUUUUAGUAAUAUUUGAUCGUUAUGAAACUGAAUUAAUGCAGUAUAUAGCUAAUAAUCUGGUUGCAUGUUAUGAUACUUAUCAACCCAAUAUUGAUAUAAAAAAAACUUACAAUAAAUUAGGUUUUACACAUAAAGAUAUGUAUGCGAUAAAGCAAAUUAUCAAGUAUAUAUUUCCUUGGUGUAUUAAAAAACCAACAAUUAGGAAAAUAAUAAGUGAAAUUGCUUCAUUAGCUCAAAAAAAUGAAAGUGCUCUAGUUAAGGAAUCAUUUAAAUACUGUUUUUCCCACUUACUACUUUCUGAAAAUAAAGAUAUUUGCAAAAAGGGCUGUCAGCUUUUAGAAGAAAUAACCAACUCUUCCUUAGUGCAUUUGGUCAGACUUUCUUUUACGCCAAUCAUAGCUGAAAUACUUACGUACUUCCAUUUAAAAUACGAUCAAGCUAUAGAAGCUAUUAAGAUAAUACAAACCUAUGAUGUCUUAUUUAAUGUACAAAAUGAUAGUUCUAUUAACAAUUUUGCAGACUUUCUUUCACCCAGAUUUUUAGGUCUUUUAAUGAUUUUAGAAUCAAGAUUGGUGAAAAAUUCACCUGAUUCUAUUAAGGAAAAUAUUUUACUGUCGUUGAGUGACAUUUUAAAAUUAAUGGGUAGUAAUUUUGUUACUCCAGCAAGGUUCAAAAUUUUGGCUAUAUUACGUACAGCUAUAUCCUUAAAAAACAGCUCUUUUGUUUACUUAGGAUUAAAAGCCUGGGAUUCAUUUAUUCAUUGUGUUGAUAUGGAAGCAUUAGGACCAAUGUUAAGUACUAUAUUUGUGUCUCUUAUGCCACUUAUAGAUAUAUAUCCUAAUAAAAUAGCCAAUAUUUUUUAUUUCACGGUAAAAGAAAACGAGCGAUAUCUUAAAAGUCAUAUAGCUGAGUUAUAUUUCUUGGAGCCACAUCCAGCUAAUCCUAUAGUAUUUGAUAUAGUUCAACAAUACACCAAAGAUAUUUUUAAACAACCACUAAAUAAAUUACUCAUUUGGUUAUUGGACAUAGUGGCUCAUAAAACAUUGGAAGUUAAGCUGCAUGGGUUAAAACGAUUAUAUUUAGAACUUUCAAUUCAACAAUUUGAAGUAACUAAAUUGAUACUGUCCAGCGAUAAUGUCAACUCUAUUAUUAUUAAGUUAUUAGAAGUUCUAACUGAAAACUUACGGCAUCCAGAUAAAAGAAUUAGACUUGCUAGUAGUGAAUGCUUAGGAAAAAUUGGAGCAUUAGAUCCCAGCUAUUUGCCGAAUAAUGUCAUGAAAGAAGGACGAAAAAAAGAAUUUCCAUUAGACAUUAAAAGUAAUGAUUUUGCUGUACGUGCAUUAAUUGUAUUAGGACAAGGUUUACAAUCUGCAAGGAAUUCUCGAUACAUGGAUUCUUUUGCGGUUGCAAUACAACAAAUUCUGCAAGUUUAUAAUGUAAAGAAAGACUCAGAAAUCUGGUUAUCUAUUCCAAGUAUAUUGCAUGAAAUUAUUGAUCCUUUGUCUUCAUCACGGUAUACUCUAGAAACUGAACAACAUCAAACAGGAAUACCACAUCCAAUAUUUGGGUCUGGAAAAAGUGGUACAUUAAAUUCAUGGGCUUAUAAUUGGGUUAAUCGCCUUGUUCCUUUAAUUAAUGAUGAAAAAGCUAAGUGUAUUUUCAUUUAUUGCAAGUCAAGUAUUCGAUCAGAUAAUGAUGCUAUGCUUUUAUUUUUACCAUAUGUUUUACUUUAUGCAAUAUUAAGUGCUAAUUCUGUUGACUGUAAUUUAAUAUAUGAAGAACUUCUAGCUGUUAUUAAUAAUGAAAUUGAUGAUACAGUAACAAACAAUACAAAUAUCCCAGAAAUAGAUACAGAUAUUAUUGCUGGUAGACAGAUUGCUCUCGAAUAUGAAAUUACAGAUUCUUUAGAACCACAAAAUGAAACUACUACUCGUGUAAUGUAUGUUAAAACAGCAUUCACAUUACUCGACUUUUUAUUUAAAUGGACCCGAGAACAAAAAGCAUCUAAAAACACUAUCUGUGAACCUGUAAUGAAUUUUCUAACACGAUUUUCUAAAUUAAAGUUGGCCGAAAAAUCAUUAGAGUAUGAUGAAUAUGCUAGAGCACUUUUGUAUCUUGAAGAUUACAUUCAUGAUGAUAAAGAAAAACUACAAGAUCAUCUUCCUACUUUAUCUCAAAUUUAUUCUAAACUUAAUGAUGCUGAUAGUCUCGAAGGCAUUAUUGCUGUUCAUAAUAAUGAUCCCUCACCUCAAGAAAUGAUUCUUUUACAUGAAGUUAAUGGCCAACUACAAGAUGCCGCUGCUUGUUAUGAAAAAUUAGCACAAAUGUAUUCUGAUCCUAGUUUGGAAUUUCAUAAAGGCAUGGUUAAAUGCUAUCUAGCUAUCGAUCAACCAUUCACAGCAUUAAAAAUCGCUGAAGGGUUAACAAAUAUCAAACCAGAUAGUAAAUAUACAUUAUUUGGUGAAAAAGCUGAAGCAACGUGGAGUCUUAUGAUGUUUGACCAAUUAAAAGAAUUGUUAACUGAAAAACCAUUAAAUGCCAGUGAAAGUUGGGGCGUUUGUAUUGGCCAAGCUUUAGUAUACUUUUUACACAAAGAUAAAAAUAGUGUUCGUAAAGAGAUUUCUUCCAUUACAAAUUUGGUCACUGAAUCUUUAUACAUGUCAAUGGUUGGAUCUGCUGGAUACAAAGAAGCAUAUCCAUAUAUUGUUAAAUUGCAUAUUUUAAACGAAAUGGAACAAAUAUUUAUUACUAUACUAAAUAUUGUUGAUGGAGAUACUUAUGCUAAAGUUCAAUUGAAAGAGUUCAUCACUAGUGAAAUGGAUGAAAGAUUACAGUGUUUGCAACCACAGGCAUAUGUUCUACAGCAAGUUCUAUGUAUGCGUCGAGUUGUAUUAACUGCUGCUCAACAUUUAGUUAGUGAUGAACUGAAACCUAUUAUGAACCAUCAAAUUGGUAUCAGUUGGUUAAAGAGUAUUAAAGUUGCAAGAAAAUCAUUAAAUUUUCAACAAGCAUAUUCAAACAUAUUAGCAGCCGAAAAGUAUAGGCCUACUGGAUUGUUUAUUGAAAAAGCUAAAUUAUUAUGGAAGAAAUCUGAUCAAGGACAAGCAAUUGCAACUUUGAAAAAAGGAAUAAAUAUGCUUUUUCCAAAUUUAGACAUAAUUAAAACUUUACCUUGUGAUGAAAAACUAGAAGAACGAAAAACUUGUGCUUCUGCUUUAUUAUUAUUGUCUAAAUAUAAUGAUAAAACCGUCAAUGUUGAUUUGGAAUCAAAUUCAUUGAACAUUGAGAAGGCAUAUGAAAUGUUUGGGAUGUGGGAAAAAAGUCUUGUGAUGUUUGCACAUUAUCAAGAUCGUAUUCUUAACACCAUGACUCCUUCUACAUACUACACAAAAGGAUUGAAUUUAAUUAACAACAUAAUAAAUUGCUAUGGUUUAUCAUUGCAAUAUGGUUGUGAGUACAUAUACCAGUCAAUGCCAAAAAUGUUAAGUGUUUGGUUGGAUUUUGGAAGUGACUUCAAUAGAGAUUUGAAAAAGAAAAAUAAUAAAACAUCAUUGUAUUUGACGGAAAGAAAAAGGACAUUUAUAAAAAUGACUAAAAUUAUUGAAGGUUUUGUGUUACGAUUACCAACAUUUAUGUUCCUCACAGCAUUUUCACAAAUAACAUCAAGAAUAUGUCAUCCAUUAGAAGAAUGCUUUAAAACUUUAACUGAUAUCAUUGUUAAAUGUAUACUUGAUUAUCCAAAUCACUCACUAUGGAUGCUCAUGACUUUACAUAAAUCUGCAUUUAAUGUAAGAGUAAAUAGAUUCAAUGUGAUUCUCAAACAUACAAAGUUAACUAAAGUAAAAACUUUAUUACUCCAAUUUAUGGAACUAUUUGAAGAUUUAUCAAAAUUAUGUGAUACAAGCCCUCAAAAUGCUCCUGUUGGAAUUAAAUUUCCACUGCAGAAAAUUGCAAAAUCUCUACCACGUUUAUUAACAAAUGGUUAUUUUAGCAAUAUUAUGGUACCUGCUCAAAAAUUUCGUACUUUAGUAUUACCACGUAUCAAUACUAAUCGUAAUAAUAAACAUAAUCCAUUUCCUGAUGAUCUUGUAUACAUCCAUGGAAUCAAGGAUGAAGUUUAUAUAUAUAGUUCACUUCAAAAACCAAAACGUAUUAUAAUUAUAGGUUCUGAUGGUAAAGAAUACCCAAUGAUGUGUAAACCUAAAGAUGACAUAAGAAUUGAUUCAAGAUUAAUGGAGUUUAAUAAUAUUGUUAAUAUGUAUUUAAAAAGGGAUCCAGAGGCAAGAGAUCGAAAUCUUUAUAUAAAAACUUAUAGUGUGGUACCUAUGAUACUGGAUUGUGGCCUCAUUGAGUUGGUUCAGAAUGUUGUCACUAUGAGAAGUGUAAUUUUAAAUUGCUAUGAGGCAAUUGGAAUUAAAGUAUCAAAAAGUACUUUACAAGGACUUCUUUGCAAUAUCAAAGAUUCUUUGGAAAAAAAGAGAUCAAUUUUUGUGAAUAAAGCAAUUCCAAAACAUCCACCUGUUUUUAGAAACUGGUAUCUUAAAGAAUUUCCAAGUCCAGGAGAAUGGUAUAUAGCUAGAAGUGAAUUUACUAGAACAACUGCUGUCAUAUCUAUAGUUGGAUAUAUUCUGGGUCUUGGUGAUCGCCACGGUGAAAAUAUUUUGUUAGAUUCAACUAAUGGGGGUGUUGUUCAUGUGGAUUUCAACUGCUUGUUUAACCGAGGUGAAAAAUUUGAAUGGCCUGAGCGUGUGCCUUUUCGUAUGACUCAUAAUAUGGUAGAUGCAAUGGGAACAGGAGGACUUGAAGGAAUGUUAUCUAGUGCUUGUAAAAUAACUAAUCGGGUUAUGCGAUCUCAUACUGAACAGUUGGUUAGUGUACUUAAGCCAUUUUUAUAUGAUCCUUUGGUUAUGUGGACUGGACGUGACACUAAAGCUGAUGAAAAUUCUGAGAUGACAAAUGAUCAAGCUAAAGAACAUUUGAAUAAUAUUGAAAUGAGACUUCAAGGAUUUGUAAGAUCAAAUUUAAAAAAUUCUUCUAUGCCACUUUCAGUUGCUGGACAAACUCGUAAACUUAUUGAAGAAGCAAUUUCUGUUGAUAAUUUAUGUCAAAUGUAUAUUGGUUGGAGUGCAUUUCUGUGAUUCUAGUAGAUAUAAAUUUUAUAUUUUGUACCCAGUCAUGAAUGUGUUAUUUCACCACUAAUUUAGUUUUAAAUCAAAUCUAUCAAAAACACAUUUUAAAUAGAUCAACUUCUUUUUAUAUUUUGAGUAAAAUUUUAAAAUAAGACUCUUACACUUUUUAUUUAUUUAUAUAUAUAUUUAACAGAUGUUUACGUUAAUAAGAGUAAAUUAUGUGUCAAAAUCGCCGUGCUACUUUGAAUUUUUAUAUAUAUAUUAAAAAUUUUUAAAUAUUUUUUUUGAAACUCUCCCACCUUAUGGCUAGUAAUACUACAAAUUGUAUAAUUUUUUUAAAUUAUCGAAAUGGAUUUUGAAUUAAUAUGAUUUUUCCAUUCAUCGAAACCGAAAUGUUACCGCAUGAUUCUAGGGCAACAAAAAAUCUCAAAAAAAAAAAAGUGGUGAAAAUUAUUUUAAUAAGUAGUUUAAUAUAUUUAUUACAAUAUUAAACUCUAUCUUCAAUAGGAUAUCAAAACUUACAUUAGAAAAACAUUAAAUUAUUUUUAUAACAUAUUUCUAUAUUAAACAUAUAAUAUUUUGUGAAUAUGAUCUUGGUUUUCAGCAUAUUCUAUUAAUAUUUCUGUAAUAUCAAGUUGUGAUGUCUUAGGCAGUUCACGUUACAUUCUAAUUGCAUUCAUAGGGAUAUAGACUCCAAUAUAGAAAAAGUAAUUCAACAUUUCUCUAAAAGUAAAAGAAAACUACUAUUUUCAAUAAUUACAAUAAUUUUUUUCUCAAAUUAUUUGAGAACCAUUUUCUUCUUCACCAGCUUAUUGGUCUAUUCUGGACCAGUGCCACCAUCAAAAUCUCUCCAUCUCUUCUCUGAUAUGCUGGAUGUAAGAUUGAAUUCUGGUCUAUCAUUUUUAGAUCUUUGGCAACCACGUCAAUCCAUCGGGUUUUGGGUCAUUCUAGGAGUGUUGUUUUAUUUAUUUUAUUGGUUAUUAUAUUUUAAAUUAUCUGCUCAUCUGCUCUCCAUACAUGUCUGAACCAUUCUAGUUUUCUCCGAACAAAGGAGAGUGUGUCUGACUUAUUAUAAAGCACAUUUAUAUUUUCAUUACAUAUUCUUUCGUACGUCUGUAUUUCUGGAUUAAACAUUGAUCCAUAUAAGAUUCGUAACAUUCUUUUCGAACAUGAUAAUUCUUCUGCUAUCUAACCAUAAGAUAUAAUAAAAUAACUUUAUU